AUGAAAGGAUCACAUGCUCUAGUAUUUGCCGGUUUUAUUCACACCUUCACAUUAGCCAACGACAUAGGAGCAGAAGGAUAUUUUGACCCUAGCGAUGGUGAAGCGUGGGAAUUGAACUAUGGUUAUUAUCCAUAUCGCUCAUACCAAACCACCGACCUUAUCUCGCCACAAUUCAGGACUCUGGUUGACUCACCUGAGUGCCACGAUGACCGACAUGUAUUUUUUACCCCUCGAGGAUUCUCCAUUGCGGCACCCGGACCGAUGAUUGUGGACAGUCACGGCGAACUUAUCUGGGCAAAGAGUACAGAAGGACAGGCCUAUGACUUGAAAGUGCAGGAAUACGAAGGCAAACAGUAUUUGACAUACUGGCAAGGUGACGACAGGAUUCGAGGCCAUGGUGCCGGAGACUAUUACAUGGUACGCUCUGUCCAGCACGUCAGCAUCCACAAAGUGCUAACAUGCCCANNGCUCAAUACUGGCUACCAAGAAGUGCACAAGAUCUCAGCUCUCAACGGUCUGACAGCCGAUCUUCACGAACUCGUCAUUACACCUCAAGGCACAGCGCUGCUCACUGUCUAUGAAGUCUAUCCGCACGAUCUGAGCGAGCUUCGCAACUUCGAGGAGUGGGAAGAAGAUCCACAUUACAUAUGGGACAGUCUUUUCCAAGAGAUCGACAUCGAAACCAACGAGCUUCUGUUCCAGUGGCGCGCAUCAGAUCAUUAUUCCAUCAGCGAAACCUUCAAAGCGAUAGGAGGUACGGGCACCUUGAACGAGCCUUUUGAUUGGUAUCACAUCAAUUCUGUGAAGAAAGACGAAUUCGACAACUACCUGGUCUCCGCCCGCUAUACACACACUGUAACUUAUAUCAACGGUACUUCCGGGGACAUCAUCUGGAUUUUGGGAGGCAAGCGCAACAUGUUUAAAGACCUCGAUGACGGCCUCGCGACAUCUUUCAGCUGGCAGCACGACGCUCGAUUCCAAGANAAGAAGGCUUUCCCCGAGCUUUUCCACGAAGACAUCGCGCUCCAUGGCAGNCAAAAAGAGGUGGACGGUGUCACGAAGCAGCUCGUCACUCUNUUUGACAAUAGUGCCGAAGAUAUCGAACAUACACUUGACUCGUCUCGUGGCCUUUUGCUCGAGAUCACAUAUCCUUCUGCUCAUUCGCCAUUACCACAACAUGACCUCGCCAAACGCGAUGCCGCCCAGACCCAGGACGACAGGUAUCUAGCCAAGAUCAUUCGAUCGUAUGUCCAUCCUCAGGGCCCUCUGUCAACCAGUCAAGGUUCGCUACAGGUAGUACCCUCCGAGGAUGACAAGACAGACUCAAAGGUCUUCGUCGGCUAUGGAUACAAUGCUAUCUUGUCCGAGUUCAGUGCAGAUGGCACUCUCUUGUGCGACAAUCAUUUCGCGACUAAUUACUCAUGGGGUACUGGCCAGGUCCAAUCUUACCGUGCUUUUAAAUUUUCCUGGACCGGUCGCCCUGUGGAUCCUCCUACAGCAGUGCUCUCAACGGACGGCCAAGUCUAUGUUAGCUGGAAUGGAGCCACAGAGGUCAGAGGAUGGGUUCUGCAACACACCCGUACAUUGUCUGCCGCCGAGGACGCCUGGAAGAACGUCCUCGAUGUCGACAAAUUCGGCUUCGAGACUGUCAUUGAUAUCGAGGACGUCGAUCUACUUCGGUACAUCCGAGUCAAAGCGGUUGAUCAAGAUGGUGUGAUGUUGGGUGUGUCAAGGGAGAUUGACAUGGGCUGGAGUGCUGUUUUGACAAGCUCCGUGCCACAACUCAAUGCCAUUGAUAUGGCACCCAUCAAGCUGAUCAUGUUGAUCUGUAUCAACGUCACGAUCGUGUUUGUUAUGUACGAGCUCUGCAGGCGUCUCUAUACGUGGCGUCAGACUCGCAAAUGGCGGCAAAGAAGAGGCAUCCGCUUGUUGUCUGACGCAUAG